AUGGCACCAUCAAAACAAACAAAAAUCAUAGACCCGGUGCGGCAAACCGGGAAAAGCCACGUGCGGCAAAUCCAAGAUGGCGGCGGGUCCGAGCCACACUCACCCGGAUCUGAGGGAUUCACUGACCUGGAAGACUGCUCCCUCUCACAAGCAGAUGCCCCAGUGACAAAUAAGAGCCUACACACCAUGAUGCAGGAUCUUAAAGGAUCCCUCAGAGCAGACCUACGCCAAAUCGCUGCAAAGCUGCGCAAUGAUAUGCAGGAGUUGGGGGGACGCACAAAUCAACUGGAGGCUAAGACAGAUAAACUCUGCAUAGCGCACAAUGAUAUUGUGGAUAAACUACAAAAGGUAGAAGAAGAACAGUCCACUAUGCGCCUAAAAAUCACCGACAUGGAGAACAGAGAAAGGCGGAACAACCUACACUUCAGAGGUAUAGGAGACACCAUUACCCAAGAGGCCCUGCCGCAGUACCUGAGGGCCAAGUGCAAAGCUCUAGUUCCCCACCUGGAGGAUGAGGCCUGGAUGCUAAAAAGGGUACACCGCCUCCCUCGGCCCACCAGGUUCACCGCAGACACACCCAAGGAUACUAUUGCCCGUUUCCACUACUACGGCUCCAAAGAGGAGCUUCUCAAAGCGACAAGGACAACCGCAAUGCUACAAGAGCCCUAUCAGACGAUAAGUAUCGAUGCUGACCUCUCUGCUGCCACCAUGGCACACAGGAGAAAAUUUGUCGAUGUCACCAAAACAUACCCUACAGAUAGGACUACCCGACAAAACUGCUUAUCUGGUACAGGGGAAAAUCGGUGGCAGUCCUGGAGCCUGAGGUGGGACUGGCUAAACUUGGGGCCUACACCAUGCAAUGGAACAAUCCUCUCUGCAACAGCCUCCCCCGAAAAAGCUGAGACCAGAAUGGACACUAGCAGGCUCCCCAACGAAACCGAACGCCAAAGCCGCUGA